AGAACGACCACGGCCAAAAACGCAGGCAGAUAUGGAGUGACUUCAUGAACGCCAACCGCGGGGAUGUGAGACGAUCCGUGGAGCACUGGGAGCUACAAAACCUGCAAAAGAUAUCAGAGAAACAGGAAUCAAGAAAUUCUGUCUGCGUGGACAACUGCAUAUCUCCAGAGUAUGCCAUCUGCACCCAUCCUCAGAGUUCUAAGACCCCUUCUGCUUGGAACGUUUCUGCUAGGAUGCUUCGUGACGUUGUUCCUGAUGUACAUCAAGCCCUCCACGAGCUGGCUGUCGGGCCCUGUUGAGCCCGAGACGUCCACGGCCCGAGCCAACAAGGGCCUGCUGUCCAACCGCAGCCAGCAGAACCAGACCACCGUCUUGGUGUGGCUCUGGCCGUUCGGCCAGACAUACGACCUCAAUGUCUGCAGCUCACUCUUCAACAUCGAGGGCUGCUCCAUCACCGCCGACAGGAACCUGUACAACAGGUCGGACGGCGUGGUCAUCCACCACCGCGACAUCUCCAGCGACCUGUCCAACCUGCCGCCCGUGUUCCGUCCGGCGCUGCAGAAGUGGGUGUGGAUGAACCUGGAGUCCCCGUCGCACUCGUCGCAGCUCUCGGGCAUCGAGAACCUGUUCAACCUGACGCUGAACUACCGACAGGACGCGGACAUCGAAGUGCCUUACGGGUCCAUCGUGGCCAACCAGGCCGGGGAUGAGGACUUUGUGCCGCCCAGCAAGACCAAGCUGGUCUGCUGGAUCGUCAGCAACUGGAACCCGGACCACGUGCGGGUCAAGUACUACAACGAUCUGUACAAACACAUUGAGGUGAACGCGUACGGGCAGGCAUUUGGGGAGUACUUGUCCGACCAGGACUACUUCCCCACCAUCGCCAGUUGCAAGUUCUACCUGUCCUUCGAGAACUCCAUCCACAAGGACUACAUCACGGAGAAGCUCUACAACCCAUUGUCCGUGGGCACGGUGCCCAUCGUUCUGGGCCCUGCGCGGGAGAACUACGAGAACUUCAUCCAGGGCGACGCCUUCAUCCACGUGGACGAUUUUGGGUCGCCGAAGGAGCUGGCUGAGUUCCUAUUGCUGUUGGACAAGAACGAGGAGAUGUACCUGCGCUACUUCGACUGGCGUAAGCACUUCAAGGUUAAGAAGGCCUACUUCUGGGCCGAGCACACCUGCCUGGCCUGCGACUACAUACGCCGGCACAACGAGUACAAGACGUUCAACAAUCUCAACAAAUGGUACUGGGGUUGAUCUACUGUUCUGGGGUGCGUUCCGUAACAGUGUCGUUGCUAACCGAGUUAGCAACUUACUUGUUUGCAAUGCAGUUACCCAUAGGCAACCUGCUAAGUUGUUAGCUGGUUAGCAACAAUCCUUUCGAGAGGGAAGGGCUGCCUGCUGGGCAUGCGACUAUAUACGCCGGCACAAUGAGUAACAACCUCAACUAAUGGUACUGGGGUUGAUUUGCUGUAUAGUCCAGGUGAGGUAAUGGCUGCCUGCUUGAUGCGCUGGCUGGCUGGUUGUCGGUCGUGUGUGUUGGUCGAUUUAUCUGUUUGUGCUCAAUGGCAUAACAAGUAAACACUUUCAACAAUCUGAACAAAUGGUACUGGGAUUGAUUUUACUGUACAGGACCCCAUUUC